CAAUCGUUUAAAAACUGCUUAAUUCAGGCAAAAAUUUAUUUCAAAGCACUGAUGCAAUACUUAUUGUGGAAUUUCAAAGCAAAUUUUGCGGUCGUACGUCGUUCGGUUUUCUGUCUUCUGCCAUUGUUGGCGCAUUUCGAGAAUGAUUCAGAUCAAGAACUAGCACUGUUAUGUUAUCAAAAUUUGCAUAUUGGUCUAUCAAACUCGUCGUAUAUCAUUUCUUCAAGCCAUUCGACUCAAAAUCAUUCUUGUUUUCAGACGAUGCACUAUAGUAGGUCAUGGAAAUCGAAAGUUUCCCUGCUGAAAUUUUGUCAAGUAUUAGUGUUUUCGAAUUUAUUCGUUUUCGAAAACUACGAUCGUCCUCAAAAAAUUCUCCAGCUGAUCAACUAUCUUAUCACUCACCCACAAGUAGAGGUACGGCUAGCAGCAGCCGAAUCCAUUGCUGGAUUUAUACAAUGUGGUUAUUUCUCUGUCAGUCCAAGCUUCAUCAAUUUCUGUGAAUUCGCGAAAAAAUUCCUGCGAAAAAAAAGUUUCUUGAGUCUCAAGGAGUUGUUACGUGAAUUUCGACGAACGCAUCAAGAUAACUGGGAUGAGCAUAAGAAAUGCUUUACAUUUUCACAACUCAAAAGUAUCAACAAUCUAUUGGUGUCGCCAAAUUAUUACGUGUGA